CGCGGGGCGCCGCUCGGGCCGUUGUCAGGCGGCGGCUGCGGCGUAGGGGGUAGCGUGGGGGUCGCAGGCGCCGGUCGCACCGAGCAGCGUCACCGUCACCACCGGAGCUCCCCUUGUAGCUCCUCCCGCCGCGGCGGCCCGGGCCACGCUCUCCUCGCGAUGCUGCCCCGCGGCGGGGCCGGGCCGCGGCCCUGACCCGGCCGGAGCCUCCUCGCCUCAGGGAUGGCCCCGCGGCCCUAGGGCGGCCCGGGGAGGGGGGAAGGCGCUGCGACCCUGUCCGCCGCAGCCAUGGCCGGCGCCGUCGCCACCAAGACGGCGUGGAAGCUGCAAGAGAUCAUGGCUCACAGCAGCAAUGUAUCCUCACUAGUCCUGGGGAAAAGUUCAGGCCGGCUGCUGGCAACUGGAGGAGACGACUGUCGGGUCAACAUAUGGUCAGUUAACAAGUCCAACUGCAUCAUGAGCUUGACAGGCCAUACAAAGCCCAUUGAGAGCCUACAGAUCAACAUGAAUGAGGAACUCGUUGUUGCAGGGUCCCAGUCAGGGUCCAUUCGAAUUUGGGACUUGGAAGCUGCCAAAAUUCUUCGUACCUUACUCGGUCACAAAGCGAAUAUCUGCAGCCUUGAUUUCCAUCCUUACGGAAACUUUGUGGCAUCUGGCUCUUUGGACACAAACAUUAAGCUCUGGGAUGUAAGAAGAAAAGGCUGUGUCUUCAGGUACAAGGGUCACACGGAAGCAGUUCGAUGUCUCCGCUUUAGUCCUGAUGGGAAAUGGUUAGCCUCUGCUGCUGAUGAUCACACUGUAAAACUGUGGGAUCUGGCUGCUGGGAAGAUAAUGUUUGAAUUUACAGGACAUACUGGCCCAGUAAAUGUUGUUGAAUUCCAUCCCAAUGAAUACCUUUUGGCUUCUGGCAGCUCUGACAGGACUGUUCGGUUCUGGGACUUGGAGAAGUUUCAAGUUGUGAGCUGUAUUGAAGAGGAGGCUACUCCCGUCAGGUGUGUGCUUUUCAACCCAGAUGGCUGCUGUUUGUAUAGUGGCUUCCAGGAUUCACUGCGUGUGUACGGCUGGGAGCCAGAGCGCUGUUUUGAUGUUGUCUUGGUGAACUGGGGAAAAGUAGCUGACUUAUCUAUCUGCAACAACCAGUUGAUAGGAGUUUCCUUUGCGCAAAGCACAGUCUCUUCCUUCGUUGUGGAUCUCAGCAGAGUCACAAAGUCGGGUUCCAUCCCUCAUGGGCUGAUCAGGGACGAUGAGCCUCUUGUGCCACCUACCCCCAUGGGGUCCUCCCUUCGCCGCAUCUAUGACAGGCCGUCCACAAGCUGUAGCAAGCCACAAAGCAGAGUGAAGCACAACUCAGAGAGCGAGAGGCGAAGUCCCAGCAGUGAAGAUGACCGGGAUGAGAAGGAAUCAAAGGCUGAGAUCCAGAACCAGGAGGAUUACAAAGAGAUUUUCCAGCCCAAGAAUGCUAUCUGUCGAACUCCUCCUCGAAACGAACCCUUUCCAGCCCCUCCUGAGGAUGAGCCCAUAGCUGCAAAGGAAGCAGUGAAGUCCAGCCAAGCUGUGGAUGUCCAGAUCUCAUUGCCAAAGCAAGAACUUGUCAGUGCGUCUGAUCCGGUUCAGAGGCCACCAAUUGCCUCCUCAACUCCUUUCACCAGAACAGAGCCGUCAGUGAUUCCUGCAGCCAGGAACGAGCCCAUUGGCUUGAAGGCUUCUGACUUUCUACCAGCUGUGAAAAACCAAAGCCAGACUGAGCUUGUGGACGAGGAAGCCAUGUCCCAGAUCAGGAAAGGCCACGAGACCAUGUGCGUGGUGCUCACCAGCCGCCACAAAAAUCUGGACACCGUGCGGGCUGUAUGGAGCACCAGUGACAUCAAGAACUCUGUGGACUCUGCAGUGGCGAUCAAUGAUCUGUCUGUUGUUGUGGACCUCUUGAAUAUUGUCAACCAAAAAGCGUCUCUCUGGAAGUUGGAUUUGUGUACUAUAAUCCUGCCACAGAUAGAAAAACUACUCCAAAGCAAGUAUGAAAGUUAUGUGCAGACUGGCUGCACCUCCCUGAAACUCAUUCUCCAGAGAUUCCUGCCACUGAUCACAGACAUGCUCGCUGCACCACCUUCUGUUGGAGUGGACAUCUCCAGAGAGGAAAGGCUCCAUAAAUGCAAGCUGUGCUACAAGCAGUUGAAAAACAUCAGCAACAUUGUCAAGAACAAGUCUGGGCUCAGCGGCCGUCAUGGUAGUGCCUUUCGGGAACUGCAUCUCCUCAUGGCUGUCCUAGAGUGACAGCUGCCACCUCCUCACGUGCAAGCACAGGUGACCAAGCUCCCCUCUGCUCUUGGUCCAGCUGGAUUUCACCUCUCCUCAUGUGUCCAUCUUCCCCCCACAGCACCGUAGGGAAGUGGAAUCUCGGCUGGUCACUGGGUGGAGGUCCCAGGUGGAGACAUACCUCUGCUGUAUGAGGGGAUGGGGCUGGCAGAGGGCCCCCUAAAGCCUCUGUAGGGAAGUGGCUUCAUUUUGGCUCUUCAUCUCAGCAUCAGGCUCCCAGCUGCUCUGUUUCUGUGUGCUGGCAUUUCCCUGAUAGGAGGGCUCCGAACCUGCUGUUUGCCCUUCCUUCGCCUGUCUGCGCUGUCGGUUCUCAUCGCUCUCAUGGCUCUGUGGGCUGGGGCAGCACUGGGGGCUGCAGUGCCUGCCCCACCGAAGCCUGCUGUGCCGUGGAGCACCCUUUCCCUGCAGAAGGGACUUCUUCAGCUGCUGCAUGGGACCAGCCCCUUCGGCUUGCUUCGUCACACGAGCCAGGACACCGUGCCACUGUGCCCGGUGUGGUCUCAAGGACUUGUAUUGAGAGGAAGCUGUCUCUCAGCUUCUCCAAAAUCCCUGCUGGCACUCUGGGCCACAGAAGAUUCCUAUCUUCAGACUGUUGCUGGGAACUGAGGUGUACCUGGAUCUGUUAAAAUAUGUGACUUAAACAGGACUUGUAUGUGUUUGCCUUUGGGGUAAGGAUUUGGGAGGGUGGAGGAAGAGAAGGGACACGGACUGAUGUCUUCCUACAUCCACUGGACCGUUCUUUAGAACUGGUUUUCCCCCACCCCCCCAAUAAAUGUCUGUCAGAACCUUUCUGUCUCUCUCUUCUUUGCUGUGGGGAAAGAGGUUCCUGUUGGUGCUUCCCCUGCUCCUACCAGCCUGUCUCCCAUUUUUUACACUGGAGCCCGU